AUCCCAGAUCCCUGCAAGAUUGGUCACAGGCACAAUGCUGUCCCCAACGGCCCUCCCCAGCGUGUCCUGGAUGCUGAUCUCCUGCCUGAUGCUCCUGUCUCAGGUCCAAGGUGAAGAACCCCAGAACAAACAGUCUUCUCCAAGGACCAGCUGUCCCAAAGGCUCAGUGUCCUAUGCCUCCCACUGCUAUGCCUUGUUUACGAUACCAAAAACCUGGUUUGAUGCAAAUAUGGCCUGCCAGAAGCGGCCCUCGGGACACCUCGUAUCUGUGCUCAAUGGGGCUGAGGGAUCUUUCCUGUCCUCCCUGGUCAAGAGCAUCACAAACAGCUACUCAAACAUCUGGAUUGGGCUCCAUGACCCCACAGAGGGCUAUGAGCCCAAUGGAGACGGAUGGGAGUGGAGCAAUGGUGAUGUGCUGAAUUAUCUUGCCUGGGAGAGAAAUCCUACUAGUGUACCAAACCCCGGAUACUGUGGGACCCUAUCGGAAACUUCACGAUUUUUGAGAUGGAAAGAUGUUAACUGCAAUGUGAAAUUACCCUAUAUCUGCAAGUUCAAGGACUAGGAAAGAUUGGAACCUCUCAGUCUGAGUUUAGGAUGCAACUAAUCAUGGACUUGAACCAAAUGUGAAGACUCACCCAGGACUGCAAUAUUUUUCCCCACAUUCCCACAUGAGACUACCUCAUUGUAAUCUUCCUUUCCUUUACCUUUGUUUCAGGCUCUUUUGUAUGUUCCAUGGCCUGGGGUCUCAGAAAAUAGUAAAUAAAAAUAUUAGUAAAUG